AAAUGCAGGUAUUGGAACACAACGAAAUCCCAGAAGUGGAAGCCCCUGAAUUACCUGCACCGCAACCAGGAGAGCAAAUUGAAAUGCAGGUAUUGGAACACAACGAAACCCCAGAAGUGGAAGCCCCUGAAUUGCCUGCACCGCAACCAGGAGAGCAAAUUGAAAUGCAGGUAUUGGAAUACAACGAAACCCCAGAAGUGGAAGCCCCUGAAUUGCCUGCACCGCAACCAGCAAUUGAACAAGCCUGUGGAGGGGAUGCGAAUCCAUCUUCCUCAGAUUAUCAGGAGGAUUUUGACAUCAGACCAGCCACUACAAAGACUGUGGAAGCUGGUAAAUCUGAGGAGCAGGUGGAGGUUGAAGAGAUUUCAGUGCCCAGUAACAAAGGAGCUAAAAAAGGUGAAGAAGAAGUGAAGGCGCCUGAGCCUGACAUGGAUGUCGCAGAGGAAGGGGAAGAAGAGGUGUUUGAUACCAGACUUUAGUUCUUUGUUUUCGAACCAAGCACUGACCAGCUUACUCACUGACAGUCUGGUCACUUGACUUUCUGACUAACUGGCCGGUAAGCCGUCAAAUUGAAUUGACUACCUGAGCUAUGACUACUGGC